UAUUUUGUGCAUUGUAAAAGCUGAAGUCUACAAAUCCCAAUAUUUUGAUGUUUUUGUGAAGAACUUUGGAUUGGAUAGAUAGAUAGAUAGAUAGAUAGAUAGAUAGAUAGAUAGGGUGUCAAGUGGGAAAUUCUUCGAAAGCUACCAAAACAAACCAAUUGACACUGUUUCUCGAUAAAAAAUGGCCACACUAAUUUCAUCUUCAUCUCUUCACUCAAUUCGUCUCUCUUCUUCUUCUGCUUCUUCUUCUUCUUCUUCUCAUUCUCUUCCAUUUUGCACUUUUCCAUGCUAUCCUCGCAUUUCACCUUUCAAGCCACUCUCAAUUAAGAAGAACCGUAGCUUAUUUGUAGCUAAGGCAGUGGAAGAUGAAACUCAACAACAACAAGUUGUUACUGAGAUUGAACAACAACCUGUUGUUGUUGUUCCUAUUUCUCCAUCAGACACUCUCACCAUGCUCUUUCAGGCAGAGGGUACAUUGAAUGAAUUAUCUGUGCCGCCGUUGACCAAAGCUUUACAGGAGACCGAGGGUGUUAAAAAUUUGAAGGUUAAUGUAUACGAGGGACUCGCAACUGUAGAGUUGGAAAAGCAGACAACAAUCCAAGCUACAGGAGUGGCUUCUAGUCUGGUAGAAACCAUACAAGGUUUAGGCUUCAAAUUACAGACAUUAAAUCUGAGUUUUAAUGAUGAUGAAAAUGUUGGAGCAGUUGCCUAGAUUAAAUCUGUUAGUGUAAGACUAAGAAUGAUUAAUCUGUUCAAAUUUUCCUGAUUAAAGACUAAGAAUGAUUAAUCUGUUGUCAUCAUCAUCAUCAUUAGUAUUAUUAUUUCUUGAAAAAAUUGAAAGAUGAUAAAAGCUUUCACUUAUAAGAGCAUUAGUAAAAGCCUUGUUCAUUUUCUAA